GUUUCGUAUAAAAACACUUCUGGCUCAGUUGAGAGACGAUCGUCGUUCAGAAAAGUAUCAGCAAGUUAUCGUCGUGAUGUCGCGUCGGCCGUUUAGAACCAAUUAAGAAAGACAGUGAAGAAGAAAAUAAAUAAGUAAAAAGGGAGAAAGAACAAAAUAUCCGCAGUUCGGUUCGAUUUAUCAAUAAAAAAGGGCACAAAAUUCCUUGAGUUUUUGGUGAAAUUAUAUCGGGCAGUGUGUGUGUGUGCACCAAAUGACUUAAAUUGACGAAAGAAGCGAUGGCAUCAACAUAUCUUGAAAUGUUUAUAAUUUGUUUGAUAUUAUUGUUGCCAUUUUUAUAUGAGACGAGCCAUGUAUUUCGGUACUAUUUCAAAUUUUGCAUCUACUAUUUGGUGGUGUCCAUAAAUUCUGUGAUCUUGAUACCUGCUAUGCUGUUUCGGCCGUGUGAUGUGAAGAAUCUACUAUGGGCUAGUACUGCCUGUCAUCACAUUUCAACCGUAUUGGGCUUAAAAUGGGAACUUCGUGGCAAAGAGCAUCUCGAAAAGGAUCAAGCCUGCAUAAUCGUGGCCAACCAUCAAAGUUCCUUGGACAUUUUAGGAAUGUUUGACAUAUGGCCAGUCAUGAACAAAUGCACGGUGGUCGCUAAACGAGAACUGUUUUACGCAUGGCCAUUCGGACUGGCGGCCUGGCUGUGCGGUUUGAUUUUCAUCGAUCGCAUGCAAUCGGACAAAGCACGGAAUUCACUGUGCGAUGCCACCGAAUUGAUAAAGAAGAAAAAGAUCAAAUUGUGGAUAUUCCCGGAGGGUACGCGUCGAAAUACCGGCGAAAUACAUUCGUUUAAGAAGGGUGCAUUCCAUGUGGCCAUUGCUGGUCAAAUUCCAAUUUUGCCGGUUGUCUUUAGUUCGUACCAAACGUUCUUGGAUGAUGAAAAUCGGAACAUGACAAGUGGCGACAUCAUCAUCACAACAUUGCCACCGAUACCAACAAUUGGACUCACAAAAAGUGACGUCGAAGAGCUAAUGGAACGGACGUACAACAUAAUGCUGGCCCAUUACACACAAACAUCGAAAGAAGUGCAAGAAAAAUUCAAAAUCCAGCAAAUGCAACACGGUGACAAAGGUAGUUCGAACAAAUUAAUUGAGUCGGAUAACAUCAUCGACGACUACUCAAAUAAAUCGAACCGACAGACCGUUAAUGUUGUACAGCUCACCAAGUAAUUUUUGGCGAACAAUUUUUUUUUUGUUAAAAAAUUUACAUUUUUGAAGAAAGAUGAGAACGUUUUUGAUGAUUGAGGAUGUGAUUCGUUGUCGAUAUAGUUGAAUUCAAAAUUUUAAUUUUGUUUGGACGGAAAAUUGUUGGAAAAUUAAUUAUUUUUUUUUAUUUUCGUUUUUAAUUGAUACUCGUAGGUUUAUUUAGUCGUUGAUAGUGCUUGGAAACUUGACUAAAGAAGCCACUAUUCCAUUCGAUAUUUUUAUGCAAUUUAGAUUCUAGUGAUUAAGACUAAAAUAUAACGUGGAAGAGGCUAAUACCAAUAAUGUCAAUGUCAAACCUAAUGUUAUUACACAAAAAAAUCAAAAUAUGAAACGGAUACCAAAGUACAAUGAUGUUCUGAAAUUCAUUUGUAGUCCCGGGAAGCCAUUCGUGACCAAAGCGAGGGGGAACUACGCGAGCAAAUACUGGGACAGUUGACAUUUUCUAUUGGUGAACUAUAGAAGGAAAUAGUACGCCAAUAGAUGCGUAUAAAGACGUCAAUAGAUGUAUCAAUAGACGUCAAUAGAUGUGUCAAUAAACGUCAAUAGAUGUGUCAAUAGAUUUGUCAACAGAUAUGUCAUUAGACGUCAAAAGAUGCGUCAAUAGACGUCAAUAGAUGUGUCAAUAAACGUCAAUAGAUGUGUCAAUAGAUUUGUCAACAGAUAUGUCAUUAGACGUCAAAAGAUGCGUCAAUAGACGUCAAUAGAUGUGUCAAUAAACGUCAAUAGAUGUGUCAAUAGAUUUGUCAACAGAUAUGUCAUUAGACGUCAAUCGAUGUGGCAAUAGACGUCAAUAGAUGUGUCAAUAAACGUCAAUAGAUAUGUCAAUAGAUUUGUCAACAGAUAUGUCAUUAGAUGUCAAUAGAUGCGUCAAUAGACGUCAAUAGAUGUGUCAAUAGAUUUGUCAACAGAUAUGUCAUUAGACGUCAAUAGAUGUGUCAAUAGACGUCAAUAGAUGUGUCAAUAAACGUCAAUAGAUGUGUUAAUAGAUUUGUCAACAGAUAUGUCAUUAGACGUCAAUAGAUGCGUCAAUAGACGUCAAUAGAUGUGUUAAUAAACGUCAAUAGAUGUGUCAACAUAUAUGUCAACAGAUAUGUCAUUAGACGUCAAUAGAUGCGUCAAUAGACGUCAAUAGAUGUGUCAAUAAACGUCAAUAGAUGUGUCAACAGAUAUGUCAUUAGACGUCAAUAGAUGUGGCAAUAGACGUCAAUAGAUGUGUCAAUAAACGUCAAUAGAUUUGUCAACAUAUAUGUCAUUAGACGUCAAUAGAUGUGUCAAUAAACGUCAAUAGAUGUGUCAAUAGAUUUGUCAACAGAUAUGUCAUUAGAUGUCAAUAGAUGCGUCAAUAGACGUCAAUAGAUGCGUCAAUAGACGUCAAUAGAUGCGUCAAUAGACGUCAAUAGAUGUGUCAAUAAACGUCAGUAGACGUCGAUAGAUGCGUCAAAAGUACACCAAUAGAUGUGUCAAUAGACUUUAAUGGAAUAGGUGGAACAGAGUUUACUCGCGUAGCUUUCCCUCUGACCAAAGUGUAUGUAAUUCAAAUAUUGAAAGGAUUAUAACCAAUAUAUCCGUAGUUUCGGGUGAAUUUAUGUGUAGCGCCAACGAUAUCUAUUAGAAUUGACUGAGGUGAUAUGGUCGCAUUAAUGUUGAAAACGUAUUUCAACACAGCGAAAAUUCUAUGGAAAUCGUACGAGCGCUACAAGGAAGUGAAUUUAAUUCCAACCGUUUUACAAUUCGUGUACAUCUGACGAUUUGCAUUACCUUCUUUGGUUCAUGUACUUUGAUUCGUGACCGCAUUACUUGAUCUCACUUGAGCUCAACAGCGAAUGACAAAAAAUUGGCAAUAAGCUAUUUCGGUCGUUUAUGGUCAACACUUCGGUCACCCGUGAAAAGUGAAACUUUGCAGCCUGACUUCAUUUCCUACCAUCGACAUUGUCGAAUCAGCUUUCGGGUGUACACAAUCUCAGUCAACUGUAGUCAUCUGCGAUGUUCUGUUCGUAGCUCCAGCACUUCCACAUCCGAAAUGUCCUGAUUUUUAAUCCGUUAAUCGUUAACGAAGAUCUUCCUGAAUUUUCGGAAAUUUCGGAAAAAUUUAGAACAAAACUUGAGAAUUAUAGCAGAGGAAAUCAGUGCCGCCACUUCACACGGACAUUUGGCUAUAGGACGUAGCGAUUUAAGUGGCGUGAAAUUGUAAAACGUCUGUAAAGUGACGCACUAUUUUUAUGCCAAUGGCACUGGCGGCAGGGCGUCUUAUUGGAAAUUUUAAUUCGGAAAAUUCGGAAAAGUUCUGAAUUUUUCGGAAAUUUCGGAAUUAAUGUCCACAAUAUAAGGUAUGACUGGGGGAAAUGUAUAAAAUCACUAUUCCAUACGUGCGGUGUGAUUACCUUAUUUUCUCUCCUCUAUAGGUCACGAGAGAAUUGCAUUUUGUUGACUUUUCGAAUGACUUUUCUAGCGAGAAAAGUGCAGCACUUUAUCUCUGGAGAGG